GUAAUGGUAACAUGGCAGGAAAUGGAGCAGCCACCUACACCUUACUUUCAAGUCCCAGUCCGACUGGAUCAGAUGACAGAGAGAGCUGCGAACUUAAGUUACCCAUGUUCUCCGUCCAUCUCAUCAGAUCAGAUGAUAAUUUGGUCUCGACUGGUGCUAAGCGGAGUCAACUGAAACUAAUUAUCUUCGUGGUGUCAUGUAUUCUGACUUUAUCCCUCGCAUUUAUACUGUACUUCCUUCUCGGAUUCUGGAAACCGAGAUGGAAGACACUGAUGACACAUUCUCUGUGCCCCUUGACAGAAGCAACAGUCAUUUUAGUAGAAGAAAGAAAGAAGUCCCACCCAGUGAAAGUUAUGAAAAUAACGCUUCCGAAGGAGGAUAUUAGCAAUUACAUCGUCGGAAAGUUGAGCCAGUACGCAGAUCAUAAUGAUGUCAUUUCGCUGAUAGAGUACAAGCUGGACAGAUACGUGUUCACUGGUUCAAGUUUAGAACGAGUAAACGGUUUGGGUGAUGGUGAGACUUUCGGGACUCUUCAGGAAAUGGUUGAAAGUGAUCAUCUGGCGUUGGAUACUCUGUCACAGAUAUUUGGUAGAAAUGUACUGGAUGUGCCCCUGAAGCCGGUUAUUCACUUCGUUUUAACAGAGGUCCUUACAUUCUUCUACUUCUUCCAACUCUUCAGCUGUCUUGUUUGGUAUAACAACCAAUACGAGGUGUACGCCACUGUGAUAAUAGUAAUGUCAGUCCUUUCUGCUACCUCCACCACCUACAUUACUCGGAUAGCUAUCGUUAAACUCCGGAAAGCUGUUCUGUUUGAAUGUGAAAUAGAAGUCAAACGGAGUGGAAAAAUUCAGGUGAUAAAAUCAGGUGAUCUGGUGCCGGGUGAUAUUGUUAAAGUACCUCUCACUCAAACCAAGGUUGGGUUUGACGGGGUUCUGUUGAGUGGUAACGUAGUGGUAGAUGAAGCUAUGUUGACGGGUGAAAGUGUGCCUACUCUCAAAAACCCUCUUCCCUUUGAAUGGUUAGAAGAGAAAUACCACGCAGACAAAAAUGAAGUUAACACCUUGUUUUCUGGAACCACUAUUUUACAAACCAGACCCCCUCCUUCUGGACAAGACGAUGCUGUGUACUGUUUGGUUACGAGAACAGGAUUCCGUUCUAAAAAGGGGGAGACAGUCAAGUUCAUGUUACAUCCGGACAGAACACAAAAGUUCAAGUUCUACUCUGAAGCUUGGACCUACAUCAAGAUUAUGGCCUUUAUAGGUCUAGGCGGCAUGAUAUACCAUAUAUACGACAGUAUCAAGAACGAUUAUUCGGUCAAUGAUGCCGUACUUGGAUCUCUAGAUUUGAUAACGAUAAUCAUAGCCCCAUCCCUCCCUCUGGCUCUCAGUAUUGCAGUUUUCUACGCUAUCAGACGUCUGAAACAGGGCAAAAUCAACGUUUCCCUGCCUAAUUCCAUCAACAUCGCUGGAAAAGUUAAGAUGACGGUGUUCGAUAAAACAGGAACACUAACAGAAGAAGGUUUAACAUUGCAAUGUGUUUUGUCGGCAACAGACGGGCACAUCUCGGAGGAGCUAACAAUAAACGUGCCUCAACAGAUGAGGCUCGCUUUGGCUUCGUGCCAUACUUUGUCUAUAAUAGACAACAAGAUUUGUGGCGAUCCUAUCGACAUAAUAGGACAACAAACUAGUGGGUUUGAGUUCAGAGACCAUGGAUUUGAAGCUAAUAUCUUCAAAAAUAAAGUGUCAGCAAGUAGUCUGGAUCCUAAAACAGGCUCACGGUUAGGCCUAAUCAAGACAGUACCGUUCGAAUCACACCUCAAAAGAAUGUCUGUGGUAUGCGAAGUAUCUAACGGUUCCGUGGUGGUCUUCUGUAAAGGUGCUCCUGAGCAGAUAGUACUACACUGUGAUCAGAGCACAAUCCCGCAAGAAUUCUCCUCUAAACUGGACCACUUCUCUUCUCAAGGGUAUCGGAUACUAGCGUUUGCCAGUAAGACCCUCCCUGAGGAGUGCAAUGUAAGCUCCAUUCCUCGUGAUGAGCUGGAAUCUGGACUCACAUUCCUAGGAUUCCUGGUGCUGGCUAACAGACUGAAACCAGAGACUCGGGUAGUGAUGGAUGAGCUCAAACGUGCAGGUUUAAGGACGGUAAUGUGCACUGGAGACGCUCUACUUACAGCGGUGUGCGUGGCACGGGACUGCUCCAUGAUUCCUGAUAACGGUACCCUCUACCUGUUGACUGCUGAACUGGGAGACAAUGGCAAACUGGCCGUCAAAUACACUGAGCAGGAACAUACCCCGGAUGGGUUUCAUAUGGAGGACCUGAAAAACCUGUACUCAGGACCCUUCAGGAAGGUUCAUCUGGCCAUGGACGGGGCUACAUUUGAUCUUAUAUCCAAGAAUGACAAAUCUUUAAUGGACAAAGUCUGUGUCACUGGGACAGUUUUCGCAAGAUUUAACCCGGAACAGAAGAUGAAUCUGAUAGAUGAGCUGCAGCAGAGGAGCUACUCCAUCUGUAUGUGCGGAGAUGGUGCUAAUGAUUGUGAGGCUCUACGACAUGCUAACGUCGGCAUUGCUCUCUCAAAAUGUGAGGCGUCGUUAGCAGCCCCCUUCACAAGCUCCGUCUUCAACAUAACCUGUGUGCCAGUACUUUUAAAAGAGGGACAGGCAGCCCUGGAGAACGCUAUGGCUGUGUUCCGUUUCACUGCCAUGUACAGUAUCAUUCAAUACGUCUCCGUGCUCCUUCUCAUCCACUACGAAUCUAUCCUAGGAGAUUACCAGUACCUUCUAGAGGACCUUGCUAUAGUCCUGCUGUUCGAUUUUGCUCUCGGCUACACCAAACCCUCCAAGAUAUUAUCUAGAGUGCGUCCACGUGGUAGUCUCAUGCACCCCUUCACCGUGUUUAGUUUUAUCAUGCAGACAACACUAGUUGUGGGGUUUAUUGUCUUUUCCAUGUGGCUGGUCCAGCAGCAGGCCUGGUACGAUCCCUUCCAUGUCAUAAGAGUUGAUUACUUGGCUGAGGGUGAGCUUUAUGUACCUUACUUCGAGACAACUGUCAACUUCAUCCACUCCUGCUUCCAGUACAUUAUUAUAGCCCUAGUCUUCUCCAUCGGGCACCCCCACAGACGGCCGCUGUACACCAACAUCCCUAUGUUAGUGAGCAUUGUUCUGACGGCAGGGAUACUGCUGCUGGUUCUCUUCAUUUCAGCGGAGAAGAUUCCUCUCCUUGAGAUGGCUAAUAUUCCCGAUAUUAGCUACAAACUUUUAAUGCUGGGUCUGGUGGUGAUGAACCUGCUGCUCUCGCUUGGUGUGGAGUACUCCUACAGGGUUAUAGAGCCUCUCCAGCGGUUCCUUAAAUUGCUGAGGUUUAAGAAGGGACAUAAGAACAAGUUCAAGUGUUUGAUAGACGAGUUGGAGGCUGCGGACACUAAGUGGCCCUCCACUAACAUAGUGGAGAAUGGCAUUUGAGUCAGAUUGUUAAGUUUGACGGUGCGCGGGUACGGCCGUUGACAGGAGACAUGAUCAUAUGUUACAUUAGUUUUUAUGUGUUGCAACAUUGUUACAGUAUUUAACACAAAUGAAUUAAUUUAGAAAGGACUGCAGAAAAAACACGGUAAGAAAGCGAGCGUGCUUAAUCACUCUACAGUCGAUCUUCGAGAUUUUUCUAAAAGGGCCCCUGACAGUUGAAAUCUACUUAGUUCGAACUUCGAUGUAUUUUCGAACGCUGAUUCCGAAUCACCCCAUGACAUAUGUAGACAUAUAUAAUACUAAUAGAGUUAAAAUAAUCCCCUAGCGAGAUAUCGGCUAAAAACUGUCUCGAUCACGUAAUAUGACCAUAUAAGGAAGUUGGUCCUAUUUCUCGUUAGGGUUAGGGUUUCAGCAUAUGAUUCAGUUAUGGAUUGGGUAAGGACUUAGGGUUAGGACUUAGGGUUAGGGUUGAGAUCAGAUUAGAGGGUUAGGGUUUCGAAUAGCCACCUAUAGGGGACGUGUUCAAAAAGUCACGUGACAGUCGAGUGUAGAGUGAUUAAUCAUCAUCCAUAAGAAAGUAAUAUUAAGGAGUGAUCUUUGUAAUCUUUACAAUGUAAAAGUUAUCAUAUUUUUUGUAAUAAAUAUCUGAUUAUCUUAUAUUUUCUGAUUAUACAGGAUGGCCCUCAGACCCAUAAUAAACACAAUGUAAGCAACCAUGUUGGAUCAGUUUUGAUGAGAUAACAUAUUAUUUUUAUCGUGAUUCUGGGGAUUCGAUUUUAAACAGAACUGAUUUUUUAUAUACAGUUACACCAUGCAGUACAGGGUAAUAAUUUAUAAGGCAUUCAUUUUUGAGUUUAUUUAUUGCAUUUAAUUUUCAUAUUUUCCUAAAUCCUUACUAUUUUAAAAUAUUGCAUAUUUUAUAUUGCAUGUUUAACCUGUUUUUCUACUAGUAGUUGUAUAAACUUUUAUUUAGCAUUAAUAUUGCAAACCUAUUUAGGUCUACCGACAAAACAAUUCCUGAUCAGAUUCUGACAUUUCCCGACAAUAUCUGCAGUAUCUGUUGUCAGGGUGCAACGUGUGAUUAUGUAACAUGCCUGGUUCUUUUCAUGUCUCCUAAUGUCACAAAUGAAAUGUACUGAUGUCAAUAUGUGUACUUUUUUGUAUGAAAUUAAUAUGAUUUC